AUGGAUAGACAGCAAAUCUUUCAGCUGCUAAAGCAGCCUUGCAUCCGCCUUCUCCAAGUCACUGCGAAUCUAUCGCAAAAGCCUGGUGCUCGCAAUGAGCUGACUCAGGCCCUGUUUGAUUUGCUGACAACGCUUCGGUCGGUAACUAGCAGGCCAGGUGCUCUGGACGCAAGACUAGCUGAAUAUGCUUUCGUUCCAAUCUCGCAGGUACUCAGAAUUUCACGACAAGUCCCUGUUCGCGCACUGGAGCUCUGUCUCGAGUGCAUCUCGACAUUGCUAAGCGCUGGCUGGGGAGGCGGUCUUGAGCCUGCUUUAUCUGGUCAACUCCUCAUUCUCUUCACUUUCCUGGCAAAACCUUCGUCUGCGGAGAAUGGCAUAACUGCCACGUCAGAGGAGCUUCAAUCACUGGCGCUCAAAUGCAUGUCCGAGUUGAUGACCCAAGUAUCUUGUACGAAGCAGGGUCAGCAGGCUAUAACUGCAACAGCCAACAUACCCGCUCUGGGUGAGGCUGUUCUUGUCAUGCUUGAAAGUCUUACAGACAGCAAUUCAAACAAUGUCAAGCUUCAGGCCGUCCAUGCAGUCAAGGCAAUGAUUGACGCCAUGGCCGACGAUGAUGCUCUAGCAAGCUUUCUCCCCAGAAUCGUUUCAUCUAUAACCAAAGUCUUGACUCCCAGUAGCAGCAACCGGCCAGGGUUUCGAGUUGUCGAGCAAGGCUUACAUGUACUUGCAUCUCUCCUGAUCCGCCUCCUCAGCGACAUCAAGACCAAAGACUUGCCCGAAAACGCACCUAAUAAAGGAUCGCAAGAUGACACAAAGGUCUUGCGGUCCACUGCAUGGCUACACGCGACAACAUCACAAAUCAAAAUCGCACUUGCGAGCGUGUUCAAGCUUCGCGAUCACGACAAACCAGAAGUUCGACAAGCUCUGCUAAGUCUGUGUCUCUGCAUCAUACAGGAUUGUCGUACAUCGCUUUCCCUUUGCGUCAGCAUGGCUACUGAAACCAUCAUCAAUCUUGCCGGUCACGAAGGCUCUGGCGACUCGAUCGAAGGUCAGCUCAAGAGGCUACUGUCAGUAGACCAGAAGCUCUCGGAUCUGUUGCGAGAAAUUCUGCAUGGGUGGAUUGUUGCGCUGCCCCGGCUGAUGCAAUCCAAGGAUGACCACAGUCGCCGGCGAAUCAUACAGCAGAUAUCAAUCUCACUUCGACUUUUCGAGGAAGACCCUACAGUACUGGAUGAGCGGCUGGCCGAUGGCCUUAGAGAGGGUGUAUCUGCAGUGUUCGCCGAUGCAAAAGGCUUAGGAGAAAUGAAGGAGAACACAUCGAUUGCUAUCACUGAUCGGACUCUGACACUGAGCUCCACCAAGUCUUCAUCAUUCUCGCCCCUCAGUCUACAAUUUAAAGGUCAAGAUGAUAUGAUGGCUGAGUUUAGGAUCCUGAUUCAGGAACUUGCAAGAUCGAGUUCAGCAUUGAGUGUGGCUCAGAGACUCACACAAUCAGUUGGUCUAGGCACAGUCGAGACACGCUUGGCAAGCUUGUGGUUGUCAAUCAACUUAAUCAAAGACACAGCAACGUCCAAUCCGUCUAUCGACGACUUCUUGGACUUCGGCACCCCAAAUCCAAGGGAGGAACUGCUGGACGACCUGUAUUCACAUUCUUUGACAUUGCUCAACCAACGGAAUAUGGGUACCGAGACCUCAUGGCAUUUUUCUGCAUUAGCACUCGAGACGGUGGCUUUGCAAGCGAAACGACAUAGAGUCGAUUUCCGUCCCGAGUUGAGUGAAGUCCUCUAUCCAGUCCUACACCAUCUUGGCAGUUCGAAUACUGCCUUGAGGGAACACGCACUAACCUGCCUCAAUAUUGUCGGUGAAGCAACGGGAUACUCCAACGCAGGAGAACUUGUGGUCGAAAACGUGGAUUACGAUCCGGAAGCAUACGUAGUAUCAAAUGCAUUAGACAUACUAGCACUCAUGUGCGAGCACGCAGGAGACUUCAUGAGGACCAGGAUAGAGGAUUCGUGGCAUCUUGUCAAGAAAGUGUAUCAGUGUACUAAGCAACACGAAAACCGCAACAAAGCUAGUACCAAAACGAAAUUCUCGUCGACUUUGAAAAUCAAUGCCAUUGAGACAGGUAUGCAAAGGCUCUCUAUGCGUCCGCAACAAACUAUGAGCAUUGAGAGGCCGGAGCUCUACGUCAACGCGCCCUCACGUAUGAUAUGGAGCAGUCUCGUGGGGUUACUAUGCAGUAUCGCCAAGUACGUCACAAUCCGGGAAGAACGGUUCGAGGACACGAUGAAUAUGCUAGACCCGGUGCUUGCGAGAUCGGAUGUGCGUGAAGCGCUGGAAUGCGCGAAUGCAGAUGCAGUCUGGUUGCGAUUGUAUAAGAAGAGUCAACGUGGGGGUAGUGAUGAGACUGGGAUGAAGAAGUCACAGAUGGUGAUGGGAAAAUUACCGGUCGGUAAACCACACUGGAAUUUUGCGAAGGUUUGA